UUCAAAUUGCUCAUUACUGGAAAUUUGUCAGCUUGUUUGAAUGUGCCUGAGCUGUAAUCUCUGACUCUAAGAGGGAAAUUUGCCGGAUACUUAGACGACAUAAAAAGGAGGAAGGAAAGAUCUUCUGCCUCUUCUUCUUCCCUUCCCUUCCCUUCUUCUCAGCUUGGCAGUUCAGUUCAGUUCUGUUCUGUUCUGUUCAUAUUCUUCCUUGAAUCCUAAAGAUUUUUUGAAGAUGGCGUUUUUAGGGACAACCCAAAAGUGCAAGGCCUGUGACAAAACUGUUUACUUGGUUGAUCAGCUCACUGCUGAUAACAAAAUCUACCACAAGGCCUGUUUCAGGUGCUACCAUUGCAAGAGCACUCUAAAGUUGUUCAAUUACUCCUCCUUUGAAGGUGUAUUAUAUUGCAAACCUCACUUUGAUCAGUUGUUCAAGAUGACUGGAAGCUUGGAAAAAAGUUUUGAAGGUACUCCAAGAACCAUUAGAACAGACAGAUCUACCAAUCAGGUCCAAUCCAACAGCAAAGUGUCGAGUUUAUUUGCUGGAACUCAAGAUAAAUGUGUUACUUGCAAGAAAACUGUUUAUCCAAUUGAGAAGGUGGCAGUAGAUAGUAAAUCAUACCACAGAGCUUGCUUCAGGUGCUCACAUGGAGGAUGUGUGAUUAGCCCAUCAAACUACAUAGCACACGAACAUCGACUGUACUGUAGGCAUCAUCACAACCAACUCUUCAAACAGAAGGGGAAUUUCAGCCAACUUGACAAGCAUGAAGAGAUUAAAGGGAGUGACUGAGAACACACCAGUUGAGAAGAACUGGUUAUCGGAUGCAACUGUUAUAUUGUGCAUGAGGAACAGAUAAAGUUACGUUUUUCGUCGAUACUUGCGGGUUUGGGUUUGCUAUUCUAUAGAGUGUACUAUAAGGAAAAUUUGAGUUUCAAUAAUUUUUUUGAGUGUGAGCUGAAAACCUUCCAUAAGCAUGCAGAAAUAUGAGAUGUACUGUUCUUCUAUUCAAUUGAGACUAUAAGCUAUUUUCAUUUUUCCAUCAACAAGUUUGUUUGUUUGUAGUU